AUGACGAAGGGUAAUGACGCCCGCCUUUCUGUCGAUUGGCUUUUCCGCUACCUGCGUCUUCCUCCUAUUGGGCACCGAUGUGAUUUCUCUGGUCAGCUUUUAGCUUAUUUGAGUCUUGGUCCAAUAUUCAUUAUUGUUGGCUUUGUAACACUCAUCAUAUUCAAGAGAGAGCUUCACACGAUCUCUUUCUUGGGAGGGCUGGCAUUCAACGAGGGAGUGAACUGGUUAAUAAAAAAUGUAAUCCGGGAGCCUCGGCCCUGCGAAGAAGCCCAUUCAACAGUGACCACAAAAUAUGGGAUGCCGUCCAGCCACUCCCAAUUCAUGUGGUUUUUCUCUGUCUAUUCCUUUCUGUUCCUUUAUUUAAGAAUGCACCAAACAAACAAUGCGAGGUUUCUGGAUUUACUAUGGCGACAUGUGCUGUCCAUCUGCCUCGUCACAGUGGCUUUGCUAGUCUCAUAUAGUAGGGUUUAUUUGCUUUACCACACCUGGAGCCAAGUCUUAUAUGGAGGUGUGGCAGGAAGCGUUAUGGCCAUAGCCUGGUUUGCCUUCACACAAGAGAUAUUAACUCCUCUCUUCCCAAGGAUAGCUGCAUGGCCAAUUUCAGAGUUCUUUUUAAUCCGAGAUACCAGCCUCAUUCCUAACAUCCUGUGGUUUGAAUACACAGUCACCAGAGCAGAGGCAAGAAACAGACAGCGCAAGCUGGGUACUAAGCUCCAGUGACUCGGGAAGUGUGGGGACCAGAGUGCACGUUUUAACGGAGACAGACAAGAGCAGAGACCUGGGAGCAGCAAGGAGCCUUUUAACAGACGGACCAAAGGAACAGGCAGGGACCAUACCCAAAACCUGAAAGCCUUUGCUCUGCUUUAGCAGCUAGCUGGAUGCUCCCUGAUGCAUGUGGGACCGUGCAGGAGUAGAAACUCAUUUUCAACACAGAUGCACAUUGCCGGUUGGAAUGUACCAUCAUGUCUACGUCAGGGGAGGGGGGAGAAAAUGCCUGGUGUCAUGUUUGGGGGAGGGAAACCCAAAAAUGAAUCCUUUCUGUGACUUUUUUUUUUCAGCAUGAAAUAUACACACUAUUUAUUUAUUUUUUUAAAUGGAACUAUUGUUUUUGGGGUGGGUGAGGCGUUGAUUGUGUGUUUUGUUUUUGUUUUUUGUUAGGGUUUUUCUUUUUGGAAGAAGAUGACAAAACUAAUCUCACGUUGAUCAUGCUUAAUUAGGGCUUUUAAUUUUUAAAAACUUCUUAGGAGGGAGGGGAACUAGGAUGGGGUGACUUAGGCAGAAGAGAGAGGAAGGCUUCCUUUCCUUUCUGCACCUGCUUUGGAAGAUCAAAAUCAAUUCCAACUGCACUUUGUACAGAUGGAAAGAAAGACUAUAAAGAUCUGAUUUUUAACACUAGUGAUGGUUCUGCAGGGAAGCCUGCACGGAUGCCAUUAAGGGGAGUGUGUGUAAAACAAAGGAAAAACUGAAAUAUACUGACUAUUUUUUUUCCACUGCUGCUCCUGUUGUGUAAUUAGCAAAAGUGUCUUUCUCAGAAUCUCUUCUAGGUGUCAAGAUUAUCAUACAUAUCUCAUGUUUAUUCCAUCUCUUCCUUUAUACUUUUAUUACCUCAGGGUUGCUGUGAUCUGUACAGCUUCUGUUGUUGUACUGAGUGUGCUACCGAUGGCACUAGAAAGCCCGUUGGUUAUAAGCAGUGCUGCACUCCAGUAAGAGUCAGCCCAAAGCCUUACAAAAUUCAGUUGCUAGUCUCUGUCUUAAGCACUGGAUUUUUAUUUUUUUUUCCUGUUAAAGCUUAGGGGAGGGAUUUUUAAGAAUGAACAAAGUGACAACCAUAAAUUAAUAACAAGGCAAAUGACUAAUACCUAGCUCAGCUGCUGUCUACAUUAUUUCUCAAAGAGCCCUGUUAGAUCCAACGGUGAACUCAAGUAGUGAGCUUAUCCUAGCAGAGACUCCUACCAGUUACUACAGUGGCUUGGUCGGGGUUCUGCAGUAGUAACCUUGAAUGCCGAACUCCUACAGGCAAGUUUUGCUUUCCAUCCUUCUUCCAUUCUGAUUCUUCAUUUGGCCAGUCAGCUCUCUGGAUGCUGUGUCUCUGUGGGAGUGUGCCUGCCAUCUGUGUGUGCUGGUGAUGCCUACAACUUCUGUGAUCCAUGAGUUAACCUGGCAAGGGCUAUACUCAAAGUGCUUCAGGGCUGUGCAUGGAAUUUUCUAUAUUUCUAGUAUAUAAUGCAGCAGUUCAAGUGUAUAAUACAGGGGGGUAUUUAUUCAAAGCACAAUUGACUUGAACUUUCACAGAUAAAGGACAGCUUCUGAACUGGCUCAAAGGUCAUCGGUGUGCCUUCGAUGCAGUCAUGUGAGCAGAGGUAAAAUGACUGUCACAUCUCGGUCUUGCUGCCUGUUUUACUAUCUCCACUUUAAUCAGACUCCUGCAUUAUAAAGCUGCUUGAAGUGAGAUGUGUUUCUGUUCAUCUUGAUUAUUUUUAUUUUUUUUAAGUUUUCAUCUGUGCCUGUUGCCAUAGGAGUUUGUGUGUUCAUGUGGAGUGGGAACUGCUGUAGAAAGUGUUGGGACAACCAGAGUGUUAACUGUAGAAAGCAGUGAUCUGAUCUAGGAGAUCAGGAAGGAAGGCUGUUUAAGUUUCUGUGUUGAAGUAGCUGUGGGUAGUAAACUAACUGUUUUCAGUUGUUACAGCAAAUACAUUUUUUUUAAAAGACCUGUUUAGUAUUUGCAUAACAUAAGCAAUCCUGUUAACAUCUGAAGGACCUGAGCACUGGAUCUGCUUUGAAGGUGCAUCAGAAUAAAGAGGCAUCUUGCAGCUUUCACAAGGACAUUUGAUCAGACUUAGAACAGCCCUGUUAAAAUGAGACAGGACAUCAGAUAGGCCACAUGACAUGGUGGUACUGUAUGUUUCAGUUUGAAAGCUGGUACUAAUCACUUAUGUCUUGCAAAACCAUUUAUUUUCUCUUUAUAUCUCUUGUAAGUUAACUUACAAAGCCAGAAGGGAGAUCACAACUCUCUUCCCCGAAGACAAGGCUGAAAGAGUCGAUUGUUUCAAAAGUGGCUAGCACUUCCCUAGCCUCUCUUAAGCUGUUAGGACAGACUGUUGGAAAAACUGUAUGUGUCUGAAGCACCUACUGAGAACUAGAGCACAGGGAAGAGGUUUCAUCUCUGCAUGGAGAGCAGUGUAGUGUAAAAAGCUGUUCCACUUCAUGUUGCCUUCAAACCCAAGCUUCCUACAGUAAUUCUUAGGAGUAAGGGAGAGGAAGAAGAGCUCUUGUAAGACACUAUAAUAAACUCUGCUCUGUUCUCUGUGAGUUGUUUGUAAUCUGCAUCUUCUGCCUACUUUUGCUGUACCUUUCCAGAAAUCUUUGCAAUACUUGAUAUAGUAGAAAUUCCCUAGUGAUCCCAUGGAUUUUCUUAACUAAAUGGUGCUGUGCAGGAAAAAGAUUUGAGCUCUGCCUUAUUAUCCUACAUUUGUAUGAAGUCUCCUGCCACUAGUUUUCUGAAAUGGAAUAUUUUCUUUGGAAUAUGUGGCUUUGCAAGCAGAUGCUUUCUAUUCCUCCCCUGUACUCAAGGGGGCUGGAUGGAGAUACUAAGACAAUAAAAGGAAGGUGACAGAAUGCUGUGGUUCACUGUUCUUGCUGUCCCCACGCAAACGUCCUCCCAUAAGGGUAGUUACGUAACUUCUGCAGUAUCUAAGGAGAUUUAAGUCUUUUUGUAGCACUUAUCUGUUUAUUGUGUUUCAUUUUACUCAAAGAACAUUUCAAAACUUUGCAUGACAUGGAUUACACUGCUGAAACAGUAUUUAACACAGCUAACCAGCAAAGCAUGCAACACUACCAGGCUGUGUCAUAAAUUGCACUCAUACCCCAAGAGUUAUCUGAAAAUUUUCGGUCUAUGCAUUUCUUAAAUUAUUUGUUCCAAAUUGUUAAGUUUUUCUGGAACUUAAGUUUCUUGUACUUAAUGUGCCUUUAAGACAACUGACAUCUCUUGAUAAAACAAUCAGACAAUCAGGAUCAGGGAGGAGAAGAGCAUUCAGUAAGUUAACCCUGAAAAAAUCGAGACAGUAUGAAUCAGAAGGACAUCACAUUUUAGAACUUGUACAAUAAGAAAAGACCUUUUUAAAAGGAAAAGCCUUGUAAUGAUUUUAAUGUCCUUUCAAGCACUUCAAAAAUCAGCUUCAUUCAUCUGAGUUUCAGCUCCGUGUAUCAUUAAGGAUGCAUUAAGUGGUUUAUGAAUCUUGUAUCUCUUUCAAUGUGAUAGUCUGCUUCUUGCAGCUGUACUCUGCUGAAGCUGGUGUGAUAUCCAGAAUAGAUCAAUCCCAUCUUCUGAGAUACAGUCACAGCAGUGUGUACUUCUGCUUAAUCUUUAAUAGGCACUUUCCUUUGAGAGCCUGCCCCUUUGAUGAGACAGAAGUAGAAAAGGGCCAGUCUCAAAUACUUAAGUGGCAAUACUGUAGCAUCAGUGGUUGAAGGCAUUGCAGACAGGGGGAAAAAAAAA